GGGAGGAGCGCUCGCGGGACGGCGGAGGUGGCUGGCCGCUCUUUGGCGCUGCGCCCGGCGGCUCGUCGGCGGCCAUGGCCCGGCUGCUCUCCAGACUCCCGCGCUUGGAGCUGCUGCUGCUGCUUCAGGCGCCCCGAGUGGUGGGCGGCGGCGGCGCCUGGCUGGGCUCCCGCGCGGCUCACUCGGACACGGAUAAAGAUGUGGGCUCUCUGACAAGAUAUGAUGAAUCGAGUGUUACCACCGACUGGCAAAAGAAACUGACUCCUGAACAGUACUAUGUCACAAGGGAAAAGGGAACUGAAUUGCCUUUUAGUGGAAUCUAUCUGUCUAACGUGGAGCCCGGGAUGUACCACUGCGUCUGUUGCAAUGCCCCACUGUUCAGCUCGGAGAAGAAGUAUGAUUCCGGCACUGGCUGGCCUUCCUUUUCAGAGGCACAUGGGACAUGUGGGACAGAUGAAAGCAGUACUAAUGUCCUGAGACGGCCCGAUAGCUCACUAGGAUCAAAUGCCACAGAGGUCCUUUGCAAACAGUGUGAUGCUCAUCUGGGCCACGUGUUCAGUGAUGGUCCCGAGCCAUCUGGGCAGAGGUUCUGCAUCAACAGCGCUUCAUUAACAUUUAAACCGAGCUCAAGCCACUGAGGCAUGCAACUUUACAACCUGUGCAUCAAUAUUGCUUUAAUGCUCUUGUUCACCACAGAGAGCCACCUAGUAAAUUUAUUAGGAGCCA